GGCCGGGGUGGACGGUGGGUGGGAUGGAGGCGACCUUGGAGCAGCGCGUAGAAGAUACAAUGAAGAAUCCCUCCAUUGUUGGAGUCCCGUGCACAGAUUCACUUAAUCUGGGUUGCCAUGGGACCCUGUCAGAUGAGCAUGCUGGAGUGAUAUCUGUUCUAGCCCAACAAGCAGCUGAGCUAACCUCUGACCCCACUGAUACUCCUGUAGUGUGUCCAGCAUCAGAUAAUGGGAACAUUAUGAUCCAGAAGCAUGAUGGCUUCACAGUGGCAGUACACAAAAUGGCCUCUUGAUGGCUCGUAUCUGUUCUUCAGCAGCCUGUCAUAGGAACUCCAUCCUACCUUUGUUAAUUAUCUUGUAGAACUACUAAAGUUCCAGUAGU